AUGGAUGUUGACGAGUUAGAACUGUUGCAAGAAGAACGCGACGAGUUACCAGUCCGCUAUCUUCCAAAAGUACUCAAUGGCGGUAUUUCUGGUAUUGUUGGAGUUUCGUGUGUCUUUCCAAUGGAUCUUGUCAAAACACGACUUCAAAAUCAGAAGGGUACCACUGCAUAUAGUGGAAUCGUCGAUUGUUUCAAAAAAUCGUGGCGAGCCGGUGCACCGGGAAAGUUAAACCAAGUAAAGGGAAUGUACCAAGGAGCGUCGGUGAAUAUUUUUCUGAUUACACCUGAGAAAGCGAUUAAGCUUGUCGCAAACGACUUCUUUCGGCAUUCGUUAAUGAAAGAUCAAGCAGAACGAUUGUCAACGCCACGCGGGAUGGUUGCUGGAGCAGCUGCUGGUUUCUGUCAAGUUGUAAUUACAACUCCAAUGGAGCUAUUGAAGAUCCGAAUGCAACAAUCUCCAGACAAAGUAAAAGCAACGAGGCUCAUCUGGAACCUUUUAACUAAGGAUGGAGGAGUUCGUGCCUUGUACAGAGGACUUGGGCCAACCAUGGCCAGAGAUGUAUCAUUUUCCGCGUUAUACUUCCCGUUGUUUGCAUACUUGGAUGGUCUCGGGCCGCGAAAAAAAGAUGAUUCAGGUGACGCAGUAUUUUGGGCAAGCUUUGUUUCUGGAUUGACUGCUGGAGCAUCGGCGUCAUUUGCGGUCACCCCGUUGGAUGUCGUGAAAACUAGAAUCCAAUCUGGAGGCUCCAACUACAAUGGAAUUUGCCACGCAUUUUAUCGAAUCUGGAUGGAUGAAGGCGUUAAGGCUUUGUUUAAGGGAGCCAUUUGCCGUAUGAUGGUGAUGGCGCCACUGUUCGGAAUCGCGCAGACAGUUUAUUACGUCGGAUUGGCAGAGAAAAUUCUUGGAUUAGAAAAAGGAUCUAGAGUUUAA